CUUUCCCAAAUUGUUUGAAAUGUGUUGCUGGUCUCAAAUUCAGAAUAAGCUCAUAUUUACAAAAAACAGUGAAGUUGAAGGGACAUGAUAAACUGCAGCCUUGCUGGAAUUUGGGUUGUAAGCUGCAUCACAUAUGGUGAUGAUAAAACGGGCGACUGUGCAUGCUGGUGUGACCAUUAAGUGAGAGACGCACAUAUGCACACCGGGUGGAUUAUCUCUGCCCCACGUGACAUUUUUUUGCCCUUAAAUGUCGGUCUGCGGACAGGAAGCAUGACUAAGGCAAAGGAGCACUCUGUCAUAAAGCCCAAUUUAAACAAUUAAGCACAGGCCUGCUGUGACACCACUCUGACAGUGAUGUCAAAACCCAUCAAGGAUCUGGUUGCCAACAUUGUGUCAGAUUGUACUUUUGCCAUUUUUUUUUUCACAAAAUCAAGGCUGGCAUUUCAUUAUCUGUGCCAAAGAGCUUGAGUGGAAAAGAGCACUGAUGUCUAAAUCUGGAUUAUUGGAUAGUUGUGUUCUUUCAUUUGUCGGUAAAAUAACUCAAAAGACCUGCUGGACAUCUCAAAGGAGCUUGUAAAUUUUACCCACUAAGAAAACAUUUUACACCAAAGGCUGUCGCUCUUUCGUCUUUCUUCAAACUGCCUGAGAGCAUUUUCACAUCGUGCCUUGUAUCUGCAGCGCACCGUUUUACACCAAUUAGAGACAGUGCCUGUCGUAUCUUACCCUCUGCAUCAGAGGGAUUAGAGGGUUAAAAGUCAGGUGCUGAGGCGAGGAGGCCUGGGGAAGGGAGGAGAAGGGGAGGCGGAGGCAGGAGAGUGGGCACUCACACAGCAGGCAGAGACAGGGGAGUCGACAGGGCAGAAAGCUGGAAUAACUGUGAAUUUAUCUGUGUGUGUGUGUGUCUGUUUGUUUGUUUGUUUAUUCUCGAGGACAUGUGAAAGUGAAGGCUGCAAGGAGUCUGUGUGAGUGGGAAACCAAGAUGUACAAAUUCCUCCUCGGUCAGAAUUAAAGGCUUUAGUGUGCCUGCGCCUCCUCAGGUGCUGCGCAUCAGGGGGGGGUUGUUCCCUUGUUGACAACCAAAAGCAGCAGCAGCCCUAACGAAAAGGCAUCUUAAAUAAAACCCCUGGCUUCAAAGGCCUCGGCCUCACACACAUCAAUGCUGACCCAGCGGUAUGUGGAGGCAAACCCCAGCCCGUACGCCUGCCAAGCUAAAUUGAAGAAGAGCUUGCUGAUGCAGCCAAAUGAUGCGUUCAGAAGAACCACUUCAAAACCUUGCAUAAAUAUACACACACAUGCGAAGGGAUCUGAGGGCUUUGGAGUGCCCCAGCUUGAGCUCAAACCCCAAAUAACUGCUGUCCUCAUUGUCCACAGGCACACACACACUCACACACACUGUUGUAAGAUUUUUACUGGCUUGUCUGACUUCUAAAGCGGACGACCCUCUGACAAAGAUGGCGCGACAGAAACUACUACAUUAUAUGAAAACCUGACAGAAACAAGCCCCCCCCCCCAAAUAAUAUUCUUAGAUCAGCUCCAGUGAAGUAUUCAGAGAGCGGAGGGAGAGACAGAUGGAGAAUGAGCGAGGAGAGAGGAUGAGAGGGAGGAUGCUCACCCCAGAAAGCCACCACAAAUUGCUGCAUUUCAGUGAGUCCAUAAAAAAAAAAGAGAAACAGCUCUUAAUCUAAGGUUAUAAUUACCUCCGGUCAGUACUGUAAUUAGGAAAUGAGCCUUGAACCAGAUCUUGUUGGGCAAGAAGAAAGCAAGGACGUGUGCGCGCGCACACACACACACACACCCCUAUACUGUUUGAAAAACUCAGAAGUGGGGAAGUCAGAUCUCACUUUGAGGUGAAGGUCAAAUAUUAAACCACUCAGAUGAACAUUAACUCUAAAGGUUUUACUGAAUAUGGAUUGAGUGAUAAGAUGGCAGAGUAAAUUUUGCGAGGUGUGUGUACCUGUGGGUUAAUGUGUGUCCGCUUGCCAUCAGGUCACCGAGUGUCCGAGACCUCGUCUGUCACAGACAGUGGUCACGUCCACACACACACUCUGUACAAGCCGACACAUACACGCAGAGCCUCUCUGGCGCGUUACAUCAGUCGACGUCGGGGCUCUCCUGUCCCCCUUUCUCUUAACGUCUAUUUCUGUCACAGUCAUGGACACAAACAGUGUUUUUUAUCUGCUGCCGUCCACGCUGUGAGAGAGGCGGCACUAGAGAGUGAAAAUCUGUGCAUGUAUACGUGCAAACGCCUGCAUGUGUAUAAUCGAAUGCCACUGGGUAUCAGCCCUAAUGUAAAUCAGUCAACAGCCGAGCGGUUGUGACAGUGCCACGAGUCACAGCUUGUCACUGGUGUACGUAUUCAAUGUGGGAGAAGCACAGUGUAAAUGUCAAGCGAGGCAACACACCUACAGCAAAACAUGAAGCUUUUUCCCUGUUUAUCCCACCCAUCCUGGAUUGCAGGUUUAGGGGUUUGGACUCAUGUUUUGAGCUAUAAUUUCGACAAAUUGUUACCAGCUUUAGAUGAUGCCACUACAAAGUGCUUCUAACAUUAACGGCAGGCUGCUCAGCUUUGUUCUGCUUUGGGAGAGAUUAAACCAGAUGGGGAAAGAGAAAGGGAGUGACACGCAGAGAAAGAGAGAAAAGGAGAAAGAGAGGGUGAGGCGAUAUUUAUGUUUAACAGAUGAACACAGAGGAAGAAAGAAAAUUAUAGUGGACAGAAAGGCUGAAAAGUAUCAGUCCUCUAAAAAAAAGAAAAAGGGGAAAGAGGGAACAGCAAAAAUAGCUCCUUCAGAAGAGAAUAAAUAUGAAAGUAAACCAAUAAUGGUGAAGAGAGAGGAAAAUAAGAGGUAUUGGCAGGUUAAAAGAUACUACCAAUGAUUUGGCAGAGUGCAGUCUGCACAAAUUAAAGACCAAAUGUCUCAAGGGAAGAUGUGGCAGAGGCAGUCUGAGCUAUUAAGGCAAAGCAAGACGGGAAUAUUGUUGUAGACAGUUUUCUCAUUUCUUAAAAAGCUCUACAGUCAUUCACGUCGAGGAUGAUUUGCAUCUAUUUUGAGUGCCGAGUUCCACUUUGAAAAGCUAAAUAUUCACAGUGCUGUCCAGGGAUUUUCUGAGAGGGAGACACGGUGACCUCUGGAAACUGACGGCGGCGGGGUCAGCGCACCAGAGCUUUUGCUUUUACUAGUUACACGCACAAGGUGGUCAGUCUCCAUCACCCGAAAACACGCAUCGCUGAGUUUACCUGCACAAAUCUGAGAAAUGUAUGUAACUAACCCAGAAAAUGUGUACUGGGCUCACACCAAAACAUGCACAAAAUCCUCUGUGCAGCAGUGCGAAACACUCCCACAGACAAAUAAACGCACAGAUGCAGAGUGCAGCAAAGGCCUCACGGCAGGUCAGUGAGCCAAACCGAGCCCUCAACUAUUUUCAGAUGUAAACACAGAACUAUAUGUGGAAGAGAGCGUGUGCUGCAGGACCACUCUGCGAUGGUAACUGCUAAGUCAAGUUAGGUUUCAGGUGUUACACAAGCAGUUUUGGCAUGUGACUCAGUCACUCUGUUUUGCGCCUCCACAGACUGGUUGACUCAGAGCUCAGGUAUAUGAAACAAUAAAAACACUGCUUAGCAGAAGCAUGCCGGAAGAGUCAGUCUGGUAUAUCAACAGUUUGCCCGUGCUGCACAAAAAAGAAACACAACUCAGAUAAUUAUCAGUUUAGAAACUGAUUAUUACUGCGCCUUCAACCAAUUAAAUGAAAAUAAAAAAAAAGUGUACUAUUAGAAAGAAAUUUACGAGCUGCCCUUGGCAAAAAGGCUCCCACUAAUAAAACGUCUAUCAAGGGGUCACUUUGUGUGUGUGGGUUUUCCCGAAAACCGGCUCGUAAUUAUGAUCUCAUAAUCACGCUCAAAUAUACCAUUCGAUGCCAGUCAAUGCAGUAUUUAUACAACGCGACUAACACUCAAAGACACGUACAAAUCAUUCUGUGGUCAGGGAUUAUAAGACGCUAAUUUUUAAAAAGUGUGGUCAAUUUUGACCCGGGCGACUCAUGUAAGAAUAAAGGUGGUCAGCUAGUCUAAAACAUGCAAAACACACACACACAGCUGAUAAAAACACUAACUGAGGAAAAGCAUUGGAAAUCUGUGUAAAUACUUUACAUCUGCUUUGAAAUAGUCUCUGUUGGAAAUAUCAGUGUGCAUCACUUUUGAUACCCUCUCGAGACAACACCUCACUCAACAUCUUAGGAGGGUGAAAUUCAGUUUUGUCAGAAACCAUUCUGUAAACACGGUACAACAUACAAGGGUUCAGUAAAGCACGGGAGAGCUUUAGUCAACACUCGAGACACACACACACACAGAUCUCGGGCCACGGCUGAUGGAUAGAUACCACAGGACAAGAAGCUGACAGAGUGGAGAGUGGUUGGCCAGCAUUUUUCCUCUCCCGCUCUGUCAUUCUCUUGUGCUGCCACACGGCCCGUCGGUGCUCAGCACGCUCCUGCACACAGCUGGAAUCCGACCAAUUAACAGGAAAAAAAAAAAAAAAGAAAAACUUCCUGUUUUGCUUGCUGGCCAUUAACAGUGCAAGACAGAGGGGUGGAAUUCAAAUAAGUGGGUAGAAGAGUAAAAACAUUGCAACAUAUUUGGCUCAUGGGUACAACUGUUAUUUUAUUUCCAGGGAGGGAAGACCUGAAACCAAGAAGAGUGGAGCGGGAGUAAAGGAGGAAGCUUCUUCACUGGGUUGAGCAUGGAGAGAGAGAGAGUCUACACCAUGAAGGUCUUUCUCACUCCACUGAUGCCCUUUCUGCUCUUCCUCAUCUUUCCUGAUGGCAUCUUGUCCAGCGACUGCCCAAAGGACUGCACCUGUUCCACACCAGAAUCCAUUUUUUGUUUCCUGAGACGCUCCUCUACCAUUCCCAAAGGAGUGCCCCCAUCCACAAAAAGCCUCUUCCUCUUUUCCAAUGGCAUUGAGGGCUUGACAAGUGAGGACUUUGAUGGUAUGGAGAACCUGGAAAUGCUGGACCUCAGUCAAAACAAACUGACUGAACUUCCUGAAAGGGUGUUUGAACAUUUGACCUCUCUGAGAAACCUGGACUUGUCAUCCAACCAGAUCACCCACAUUUCAGAGGAAUGUUUCCAGGGUAUGGCACUGCUUGAACGCCUUUAUUUGUAUAGUAAUAAUAUUGAAACAAUUCACCCUGCAGCCUUUAAUGGUUUGGAGCACCUGCUGGAACUCAAACUACAGGGCAACCAGUUGACGUCCUUGCCUGCUCUCAGAAUGCCCGAACUCCUGCUACUGGACCUUCGCUUUAAUGCCCUACCCACCUUGGGCCCUUCAGACCUCCAGACCCCAAAUCUGGAAUCACUUAAAUUGGGCAGUGUGGGGCUCACCAGCCUGAAUAAAGAGCUCAUAGGCAGUCUAAAGAACCUCCAUGAACUGGACAUCUCUGGAAACCAACUUGAGUCCUUCCCCUCAGUCCUCAAGGAGACCUCGGGGCUGAUUCACCUUAGCCUGGCUGGGAACCCAAUUGGUCCUCUAAAGAUUCAGGACCUUCAGAACCUUGGAGACCUGCAAGAGUUAGACAUUAGCAGCCUCAGUCUGCAGGGCCUUCCUGAAGAGUUCUCCCAGCUCUUACCCCACCUAAGAAAGCUCACAGUAGCAGAGAACCCCUUCAAUUGCCUCUGUACCUUAGCGUGGUUCCCAAGAUGGCUGAGAGCCCAGAGCAUAACGCUGGAGAGAACAGAGGAGACCCGCUGUCAUUUCCCUCCUAUCAAUGCUGGAAAGGUACUGGAAAGAUUGGAGCACAGGGAUUUUGGCUGUCCUACCACAACUACAGUCACCACUAGUACUAUCAAAACUACUACAACCCUGCCAGUUCCUGUCACAACCAUCCCAAGUACUACUAGGGCUAUUCCAGUCCCCAAGGCCAGUGACAACCCAAUUGACAAAGUUGAUGACUCUCCCCUGCCUCCUGUCCCUGCAUCUCCCAGCAGCAGCAGCAUGGAUUCAGACAAGGAGCAGCAUUUCUGCCCCUCUCAAACCUGUCUGAAUGGCGGCACUUGCCGUUUGGACGAGCAUGGUCAGGUAGAGUGUACCUGUCCACAAGGCACCUCCGGCAUGUAUUGUGAAAUCCAAACUCAUCACCCGCCUUCACCACCUGAAGCUGAAGUCCCUAUGGCAACUGCCAUUGUAGAUGCUCCAGACAUCAGCUCACAUCAAGCAACUGCAACCUCAAUCCUGUUGGAUCUCCACCGCUACAUUCAAAUGCGGCCUUACAUCCGGGGAAUCCGCCUAACCUAUCGUAAUCUCUCUGGGCCAGACCGCAGGCCAAUUCAACUCAACCUGCCAGCAUCCUUUCCAGAGUAUAGACUCAGAGGCCUGAAGCCCAACUCCACUUACACUGUGUGUGCCAGUCCGCUAGGAGCGCCUAGUGGCAUAGACCGUGUCUGUACUGAGGCCCAAACAGUCGCUGAAAGCAUCAGGGUCCAUGGUGCACAGUUUGAUGACCAAAGGUUGACCACUGUGCUGGUGCCUGCAAUUGCCAUCUUGCUACUGCUGGUACUGAUAGCAAUAGCAGUGGGAGUGGUAUGCUAUCUUCGCAGGAAGAGAACCAAGGGCCACCUGGACCUAGACUGUGAGCCCUCUCAGCUAGAGUUGGAUGGAGUUAAAGCUGGUUUGGACAAUGGGGCACUGCCUCAAAAACAGCCCCAACUUAUGAUCCCUGAACCUGCUGUUCAGAAUAGCAAUCUGGAAUGUGAGGUGUUGCUACUACAGGAUCACUGCACAUCAAAUAACAAUACAUCUUCACAUAAGCCUUCUUACUUUUGACACCUGUCUGUGACUACUCAAACCUAAAAGAAGAUUUUAAUUCUUCACCUCUAUUUUUCAUCUCACUGGUGAAAUACAGAGAGCAGCAACUGCUGUUGUGAAAAAGGAGGACACAUUAACAGCCAGCCAACCAGCAAAGGGGAAACUGUACAUAUAUUUAACUCAAUGCCCUCCAUGUGUCUAAGCAGACAUUAAACAUGUUCAAAAACAUUUGUUUGGACUUUAAAAAAAGCAUUGAAAGUGCCUCUGUUGUAUUUACAUGCUACAUCCUGCUUCAGUUAUAUUUCUUCAAUCGCAUUUCAGCUCCCAUGCUGUGUUGCUGGGACUGAUGGUGAGUUGUCAUUAGCUCAAGCCGGGGGUAAAAGGACAUAGCGACCUCAUGCCCUCCAUUAUCUGUUCUGGAAGGAGAGUGCACUGAUUUGGGGUUGUGCUGCCUUUUCCCCAUCACAACAGCCCAACUCCUUGGUACUAGUCCAAAGGGAUCAGUGCUUGCUGUGAAUGACCAUUAAAACACCGAAUGAAGUCGUGCUGAGAAAAUAGCUGAUGCUCGUAUUGCUUUAUGUGGCUCUAAAACUCUCAUAUUUUUUGUAUGUUUUUUAUACCUGUGUCUUAGUUAUUUUUUAUUGUGCAACAUUGUGACUGUUAACAGCCCUCUAUACCCUCCGCACCCCAUCCCCUUGUGACUAACAGACAAAACAGCAGAGUAAAAUCUUUGAAGAUUAAAACUUGUUGGGCACCAGCAAAGUCAAUCAAAGGGCUUUGCCCCCAGAAUGUCAGACAGUCUAAGUAGAUGUGAGUCUGGACAGGCUCAAGAAUAAAUCCCUGUUCUCGAUUCUGAAGCCCUAAGCGUGCUUUAUCGUCACAAAAGGAGAAGGUAAGCAGGAUUACAAAAGGUACAGAGGGAAGCAAUUGACUGAACCCCUUCUGUUUCAAUGCUGCACUGGGUUUAGAGUUUAGAGCUUGCUUUAAUUAUGGCAAGCACUCUCAUAACUAUACCACAGGAAAAGAGAACUUCACUUCACAGGCUUUAUUUAUUAUUAUAUUCCCUGCAAGGGAAACUCUGUUUAAUCUCUCAACCACAACUCACAUACAACAGGCCUGGCCCACAACAAGCAAAGCAAACAGUGGUUGUGUAUUGUGUUUCCCUUGAGUAAAAUUAGCACGAUUUCUCUUUGGCAAGAAGGGUCCCAGUUUUGCUCAUUUGCAUCUAA